UUAGACAGUCGAAAUACAGCGGCAAUACAGCCUGUACUUCAUGCAUUCAGUAUACAGCGAGUCAGCUCAAAGUCAUGGCGUCAGAAGACCGUACAGUUACAGACAUCAAAAGCAAUUUCGCUUUGGACAUUGUUCAAAGUCUGGGACUAUACUUAGUAAAAGAACAUCCUUUCGAUAUUAACGUUAUUGUUGGCGACUCGAAAUUCGAAUGCCAUAGACUUGUUCUUUCAGCUCACUCUGGCUACUUCAGAACAGAAUUUAACACAAGGCCAGAAGAAAAUAAAUACAUACAUCAAUUGGAUCUAGAAAACAUCUCUAGCGAGGCAUUCAGAUUAAUUCACCAGACCAUGUACAUUGGAUGUUACAUCCUGACUGACGACAACGUCAUCGACUUGAUGAAAGCUGCUAACUAUUUACAAAUUCCUUUUCUGGAAAAAGAAUGUGUUAGAUAUCUGAAGACUUUAUUGUCCUUGGAAAAUUGCAUGGAUCUUUAUUUAAGUGGAACAAAAAGUAACUCAGAAAGAGUAAAGAACUUUGUCUGGCCUUUUAUUCUUGAGAAUUUCAAUUCUCUUUACAGUACAGACAAGUUUGGAGAGCUUUCAAAAGAUGAUAUUUUGAAGUUAGUUCAAAGUCAAGACCUGGUGACGACGUCAGAAGACUGUGUGGUUGACGCCAUUUUGGUUUGGGCAGAGAAUCAAACAUGGGAGAAGGAGGAUAAAAAUGUCAGUCCAAAUGAAAAGAUCGAAGAAAGAAUUAAUGCUAAGAAAGACAAUGCCGAGCCAGCAAACAAAAUGAGAAAAUUAGAGUCAGACUUAAAGAUGGCAGUUAAUGACAAAAGUGAUACCAGAGAAGAAACUCUGUUAGCAAUGUUUAAGCAUGUCAAGUUGUUUCUUGUCAGUGAAAAAUGCUUAGAAAAACUAAAUGAACAUCCACUCGUACAGGGAAACUGUAAACUCAAGGAUUUAAUCAUAAAAGCUUUGUCAUACCACGCCUUUAUAGGAAAAAGAGAUGUGUAUUGGCCAGCCAAUGCUACGCAUAGAAAAAUCAGUAAAUUCGUGCACUCAGUCUUGCUUACGUCAAGAAAUGGGCAAGAUUUUGAAAUUGAAUCACACCUAAUUGCUCUAAAAAGAUGGUGUUCUGUAUUUCCAAAAAGUUUUAGCAAAGCGACGACCCUCAAGCUGGCUACCAUCGACACAUCUUUAUUCGCAUUUACUACAAAACGUAUUUUACAAAGUGAAAGUGGUAACACCACCAAUAAACGCGUGCUAGAAAUUUCACAAAUUUUAAAUGAAAAGUGGUCAAAUAUAGCGAAACUGUCUUUACCAUUGGAAGAAAACUAUUCUAUUGUGACAGUUGAAAGAUCUUUUUACAUUCUUUCUCCUCUUGAGAAAAACUUGUGGAAACUGGAUUCUUCCACAAGAAAAUUGGAGACACUGAAAGAUUUACCUAGUAAUCAACCCAUUAGUUAUGCCAUGCGCUACGCUGAAGUUAUUCUUGUCUUUUAUUCUGAAGAAGUACCAGGCACAAAGAAGAUUCAGACAAGUAUACAUUGUUAUGAUGUACAAAAUAAAAACUGGUCACCAAUUAUUAGUAAAUUGUUUUGUACAGCUAGUGGAAUGACAAGUUUCAAAGAUGAGACCAACACCUACAUCUUGCAGUGUAGUGGGUAUUUAUGGAAAAUUGUUCCGUCAACUUCUGGUAGUAUAGAUUUUCAACUUCUAAAAAGGCUUUGGCUCAUAGACUGGCCUCUUCAUGGUGUGGUCAUUUUCAUGAAUAAACUAUAUAUCUACGGAGUGAGAUCCACUAAACAUGAAAAUGACUAUAGAAUGAAGAGUUUUCAAGGCUUCCUAAAAAUAAAGUACGUUUACUACAAGUACUAUAUACAAAGCUCCACAUUUGUACCAUGUAUUUUAAAUCGCUACCUCCUCUUGGACUAAAAAUUUAUUGGCCGAAACUGUAAUUUUCUGUAUAUGUGUUUUGCAUUUUGCUGAUUUCUUUUCAAUAUGGUCGAUAUUGCUCGGACGCGUUUCCUUUCUUUGAUUUAAAACUAGAGCUAGUAAAUUAAGCAGGAAGAACUUUUUCCUUUGAUAUCUUUUGCAUUUUUCUAUUCUCUUUUUAAAUUAAAAUGACAUUAUUAGGCUGUGAUCUUAAGUGCACCUGAUAGAGAAAAAAAAAUUCUGCACAAAAGUACGGGUAGUUGGGACAUAACCCGAUAGAGGCUAUAGAAAGGAAAGACCUGAAACAAGCGUGUGAAACUACACAUUUACAGCACUUUAUUUACGAGUCUUUUACCCAAGACCUGUGUAUUUUUAUAGGACUAGCUAUUUUAAGUACCUGACAUUUUCGAAUAUACAAUUUCACACACAAAAAUAAUCGCAGAAAUAAACAUUGAAAUGAUUUUUAAAAAUU